ACCCCCAGAGCAAGGGAGGAUGACAUCUCAGCUCCUCUGAGCCAGCAGUGCCCAGGGACCAGCAGAGCCAUGGAGCUGGAAUACGAGCUGCCCAACACCACUGCCUUCUGGUUCUCCCCAGCUUCCCCCUUUGACAACUUCUCCCUGGAGGCUCCCACCAACACCUCACAGAACUCCACGGGCCACCACUUCGACCUGACCAGCAAUGCCAUCCUCACCUUCAUCUACUUCGUGGUCUGCAUCGUGGGGCUGUGCGGGAACACGCUGGUCAUCUACGUCAUCCUCCGCUAUGCCAAGAUGAAAACCAUCACCAACAUCUACAUCCUCAACCUGGCCAUCGCCGACGAGCUGUUCAUGCUGGGGCUGCCCUUCCUGGCCAUGCAGGUGGCCCUGGUGCACUGGCCCUUCGGCAAAGCCCUCUGCAGAAUUGUCAUGACGGUGGACGGGAUCAACCAGUUCACCAGUAUCUUCUGCCUGACGGUUAUGAGCGUCGACCGGUACCUGGCUGUGGUCCACCCCAUUAAAUCUGCCAAGUGGAGGCGGCCCAGGACAGCCAAAAUGAUCAAUGUGGCCGUUUGGGGCGUCUCCCUGCUGGUGAUCAUGCCCAUCAUGAUUUAUGCUGGGGUGCAGCACAACCAUGGCAGGAGUAGCUGCACCAUCAUCUGGCCGGGAGAGUCGGGCGCCUGGUACACGGGUUUCAUCAUCUACGCCUUCAUCCUGGGCUUCCUGGUGCCUCUCACCAUUAUCUGCCUUUGCUACCUGUUCAUCAUUAUCAAAGUCAAGUCCUCGGGCAUCAGAGUGGGCUCCUCCAAGAGGAAAAAGUCCGAAAAGAAAGUCACCAGGAUGGUCUCCAUCGUGGUCGCCGUCUUCAUCUUCUGCUGGCUCCCCUUCUACAUCUUCAACGUCUCCUCGGUCUCCAUCAUGAUCGUGCCCACCCCUGUCCUCAAGGGCAUGUUCGACUUCGUGGUGGUCCUCAGCUACGCCAACAGCUGUGCCAACCCCAUCCUUUACGCCUUCCUGUCCGACAACUUCAAGAAGAGCUUUCAGAAUGUGCUGUGCCUGGUGAAGGUCAGCGGCAUGGACGAGGCGGACCGGAGCGACAGCAAGCAGGACAAAUCCAGGCUCAACGAGACCACGGAGACCCAGAGGACCCUGCUCAACGGAGACCUGCAGACGAGCAUCUGAGGGGACGGCGGGGUUGUCCUUCCUGUGCUCUCCUCUCCCCGCUUGCUCCCAGCAGGGUGGUGGCACGUGUGGAGUCAGGGCAGGAAUGCCAGCUGAGGGGAGGGCAGUGAGCACCCCCUGGGCACUGGGUCCUCGGCUGGGCUCCUCCUGAGCUCUGCUUGGUUGGCUUUCAAGCACUGGGAAGGAUAUGGAUCAAGAGGAGCUGCCUCACCAGGAAAACAAAGACAACUCACGGCGACGCAGCGCAUUUCAACACCAAAGUGCCACCGUGGCCACAAGUGUCACUGGGGUGGCUCUGCUGGCUCCCCCGUGUCACCCUCGGGGCUGGUUGGCUUUUGGAGCUCUGCUCCUGCACGGGUGGGUGCA